GUUGGUGACGUCAAAUGUGUGCGACACUGCCGUCAUACUGGCACGCGUUGAAUCAUCACCUUGCGGUGUUUUUUAAAGUAACGAGACACAUUAAAUAGAUCACAUAUGUCGGUAUUUCACGACGAGGUUGAAAUUGAAGAUUUUGAAUAUGACGAAGAAACAGAAACGUAUUAUUUUCCCUGCCCUUGUGGGGACAGAUUCGCCAUAACGAAGGAGGAUUUAGAGAAUGGUGAAGAAGUUGCCACCUGUCCAAGCUGCUCAUUAAUAGUGAAAGUCAUUUAUGAUAAGGAUCAGUUUAUGUCUGGAGAAAUAAUAGAAGCAACAAAAUCAGAAAGAAAAGUGGAGCUGGCCCAGAGCUGAGAUAUUAAUAUGACUUUCACCUAAUGCUGACCUCUGAUACUUGAUAGUAUGGAUCUGAUACACGGGCAUCUCAUUUUAUAGCGUUAUUCAUUGUGAGAAACACUGCCUGGAACUAAUGGACUUGACACUUUUAGCGCAAAUAUGUUGCACAUGAAUUACUAUUCUGUUGGUUAUUUAUUUUAUAAAGGCCUUUUUAAAAAUAUGCAUUUUGUUCUUAUUUAAAAAUUAAUUUGGGGGAAUUUGGAACAUUUGGAAAUUAAUUGUAUAUUUUGCAUAUAUCUCUAAAGAUGGUCAGUGGUCCCUUCUUUCAUUGUGGGCCUUUGCUGUUAUCCAUGGUAUUGUCAUGAUUUGAGGGCCCUGGUUGAUCUCUUAAGUGUGGCCUUUCUAUUUGUUGUUGUGCAAGACUGGCAGCCAACCUUCAUAAACCUUCUGCUCAAUGCAUGCAAGUGAACAGCCCAUUUUAUACAAUUUUACUCAAUUUUUAGCUCAUUAAGGGAUAUUUACAGCUGAGAAAUGCACAAGACAAUGCAUUUUUUAAAUCAAAUUGUAAACAAAACGAGGGGCUUACAUUUAGAUACAAAACAUAACUCACCCAACUUUUUGUUAAAUGUUAUUAUAAAACUACACCAUGUUAUGGAGACCUUUCCAAGAUCCAACCUCUGAAGCAAACUACAGUUGUAAGUGGUUUUGCUACAUGAACACCAGGGGGCAGUGCCUUUUCACUAUGUACCAAAAAUUACACUAUUGUUGAGGUAGGGUGGGUAAAACCGCAAAUAUGCUUGCCCUUUAUGAAAAUAAUGCAUUUCUCAGGCAAAUAUCAUUUGUAGCCAUACUAUAUAGUCUACAUAAUAGCAUGUGUGAUGAGACAUGAAAUGUAUAGAAAAUGUAUAGCUCAAACAAUUGCCUACAUGAUUCAUAAAGAUGAUUCCUAUGGUGAUUGUGUUAUGAUGUGGCCAGUUUGUCAGCCAGCAGCUUUUUGGGAUCUUAUGAAUUUAUGAAUAAUACGCAUUGCACAAUAUUUGCUGCCGAAACGGAACCUUGAAAGUUCCUUCAGCUGAACAAUAAAUCUAGGUACCAGGCAAAAGUCUGACACAAAAAGGUUAAAUGUCUUUUAAAGGCCAAGCUACAGUCCUGAUGUCUAUAUAUAAAUAAAAAACUGUUUCAUUAUUGGAAAUUUGUGGUGCACAUGAACUGUAUUAUGUUAGAGUAUGUUACUAAUGAACAAUGUGCAAAUUUGGUGCAUUAAUACCCCCAAAUACCUAAUGUUGACGUGUAUUCAAACAUGUAGGGAUAUGCUACUCUUUUUUUGUGUUACUGUAGAUCCAAUGGUAAAGUGUGGCACUAGCAACCAUUGGAUUUGAUUCUCAUGGAAUAAAUUCAAUUAAACAUG